ACAGAGCAACCACUCUAAAGACAUUCCGCAUGAUUAAUUGGUUAAUUAGCAUUUUCGUUGAAAAUUUUCCUAACAAGUAUUUUAACAUUCGAAUUUUUGAUCUAUUCAAUAUUACCACAAUUUAGUGUGAUUUUGAUCAAUAUGGAUUAUGAUUGAUAUGAAUUUUGAUCAAGAAACAAAUUGACGUCAGAAUAUUGCGUCACCGAGCUUGCGCUGGUCAAUCCAUGAAUUAGUGAUUCAUUAGUUAGUGUGUCAGGAAUUAUUGCAUGUCUAAAUAGUUAAAUUUGCAAAGAAAAAACAUGCUUAUCAAAGAAUACCGAGUAACCCUACCGCUUACUGUAGAAGAGUAUCAAGUUGCUCAGUUGUUUAGUGUGGCAGAGGCCUCCAAAGACAAUACAGGUGGUGGAGAAGGUAUAGAAGUAUUGAAAAAUGAACCAUUCACAAAUUUUCCCCUUCUCGGUGGUAAAUAUAACAGUGGCCAGUAUACUUACAAAAUUUACCAUUUGGCUAGUAAAGUACCUUCUUUUAUAAGACUUUUGGCACCAAAGGGUAGUUUGGAAAUUCAUGAAGAGGCUUGGAAUGCUUAUCCUUAUUGUAGGACUGUUAUUACGAAUCCAGGAUAUAUGAAAGAGAAAUUCAAAUUAGUAAUUGAAACUUUACAUGUAGCAGACAAAGGUAAUCAAGUAAAUGUUCACGACUUGCCAAACGACAAACUGAAACAAAGAGAUGUUGUACAUAUUGACAUUGCCAAUGAUGCAGUGGCAUCUGGAGAUUAUAAAGAAGACGAAGAUCCAACGAAAUUUAAAUCUGUUAAAACAGGCAGAGGUCCACUGAUAGGACCUGAUUGGAAAGAUAAAGUUAGUCCUGUUAUGACCUGCUAUAAGUUAGUUACAGUAGAGUUCAAAUGGUUUGGAUUACAAACAAGGAUAGAAAGUUUUAUUCAAAAAUCCGAAAGGCGGUUAUUCACAAAUUUCCAUAGACAAGUUUUCUGUUGGAUGGACCGCUGGCACGGUCUGACCAUGGAAGAUAUCCGUGCGAUAGAAGAUAAAACGAAAGAAGAAUUAGAAGCUCUUCGUCAAAAAGGCGAAGUUCGUGGUAUGAAAGCAGAUACAGAAUAAAUUAAUGAAUAGAAAAAGCAAAUUAAGAAAGAGAAAUAUAAAUAAGUUUAAAAACAAAUCCAACUAAAAAACGCAACCAUGAUUUAGAUGAAUUUCUAAUUAAGUUUCCAUAAUACUGUGCUAUAGUUAUAAUAAAAUUCGAUAUAAAAUGGAUAGUUCUGUAUAGCGGUCAAUUAUUUUUCAUUAAAAAAAUUAAAAAUUAGAUAAUUUGCCUUUCCAAAUGAUACAUCUUGCUCUCCAUAUUUAUUUAUCUUUUUAUAUAUUAAUUUCGUCGAAAAUUUAUGUGUUUCUUUGUAUAAUCAUCACAUUUGUUGAGAUAUGUAUAGUAAAUUUUUCAUAAAACUAUUAGUGAUUAGCAAUUUUUUUAUGUUUGAAAAUGAAAAUUCAACCUUUAUGAAAUUAAAAAAGUUUAUUAAAAGUAUUAAAAAAAGGCAGCUGCUUAUAAUGCGCUUGUGAAUAUUUUUUUUUCAAUAACCAUAAGAUUCUUUUUUUAUUGGAAAUGUUGAUUAAAAGUACAGAGUUUAUCCUAUAACUAUAAUAAUUAUCAGAACCUUGACAUUCAGUAACUAGAAAUGUUAAUAUUAACGAGUAUUAAAUGUAACUUUUCUUUUUUCCAAAUACAGAAUGUCUAGUCUUGAAUUUCAGUAUUUUAAGUAUAAAAAAUGAUUUUUUUUAAUAAAAAUGGUGCAUUUAUAAAUGUUCGAUUUUUGACAUGAACACAUUUUAUGAGUGAUGAAGAAAGGAAGCAAAAGUGGUUAGUUUCAUUCAACCACAGAUUUUUUUAUUAUAAUCUCACUAUAACUCAUAAAACAAUGAAAAAAUCGUACAUAUAACUAUUCACAAAAAGAUAUGUGGCAUUCUGGCUUGUAUUUAUUAAUUUAUGUAUCCACGUGGUGUGUCAUGUAGUUAGAGUUAAAUUUCCUUCAAAUUCCUUGAAAUUGAACAUUCACAGUCUUAGUCAAAGUUUGGUAAAAAAGCAUAUAAAAUUAAUAAAAGUAAUUAAGUACUAUUUCAGACUUUUUCCACUUCCAGACGAAAUGUUCAUCAAAAUAUUUAUUGGUUUUUCAUAAAACUUAAUCACCAUAUUGAAAAACACACUGUUAUAUAAUAAAUUGUCAUUGUUUUAUGGAUAAACUAUACGGCAUACCCUGAAUAUUAUGGCGUCCCAAUAGUAAGGAAGUAUCUUGAUAUCAUUUUGUGAGAUCAAAAAAUAUACCGAAAUUAUAAUUUUUUAUAUAUUAAUUGUUGGUAUUAUUUGUUUUUGUAAAUUAUUAUACAUUGUAACCAUUCCACUUCUGUAUUUUAAAAGCCCCAAUGAUACAUUCAGCAGAUAUUUUCAGUUUAUAGUUUCCCACUGACUGUAUCGCUCUUUGUAGUUUUAAUACUAUCUAUCUUCUUUUCCCUUUGAAAGUGUAUCAGAGCUUCUAUGCUGAUAUAUUUAAUUUUGUCAAUAUUUCUUAUCAGUAUUCUAAAGCGCAUUAAAAUACAUCUCGUGCUUUUAUGCUUUUAUGGAUACCUAUUUACCUAAGAAAAUUAAAUGCUUUUGUCAAUCACCUAAUAUUAUCAAAUCUCAAUCAACUUUCCAAAAUGUGAAUGAAAACAAGGACAUUGCGUUGCUAGUUGUAAUUGAUUUAGAAAUUGGAGUUAUGUGAAGACCAUUAUCCAAGUUCCUCCAAACGUAUCGUGGCCACUACAAUAUAGAAUUGGGAUUUUUGGAUUACAGAGUAAUAAGUUUUAAAAAGGACUCAAUGUAUUGAAAUUUAAUACUCUCCAUUUAAGGUUUUCUGUAAUAUGAGAUACAGGUUUAAAUGUUAUAAAAAUAACGAGAAAGUUAGUUUCGCAAUUAUACCGAAUGUUUGGGACACCUUUUUAUUUUUCUUCUAAUCAGUAGUUACCAAUUUAUUUCACUUUUUAUUUUUGGGAGUUUUAUUUUUUUAAGGUCUUAGUUAAUAUAACCAAAUUUAACGCAAAUUACCCAUAGAGAAAAAUAAUGAAUUUGUUUUGUAUCCUGUUAAUAAACUACUUUUUGAAUUGAAUUUUUUUUAUUUAUAUAUUGAUAUGGGGGUUUUCAUUAUUUUUCUUAUUAUUGUAACAUUCAGUAAAAUUCAAAUUCAUAUAAAUAUUAGUUGAAAAGUGAUUUUUUUAACAUAUUUUCUAUACGAUUUUUGUACUGUAAAUUAUUUUUUAUUAUACACAAAAGAAAUGACUAGGAAGGAAUAAAAUCGUCACAAGUUACAUGUGCAAUUAGUAAGUAUAAACCAUUCAUAUAUUAUUUUAAAAUGAUAACAAAUAUUUACAAAAAGUAAGAAAAAUUAAAAAAUACGUUUUAACGUCUAGAAUUUUUCUAUUUCUAACAUUUUCUACUUAAAGGUAUAAAGUUGCUUUAAUUUAAGAAAGAAUUUCAUAUUUUUUGCAAUGAUUACUUCAAAAACUAUAUCAAGGGAAACUUUUUUGUACACAUUUACUCUUCACCAAUUUUUUUGAACACUUUCACUAAUAAAUAAAAUAUUGUUGAUGUACAAUCGUGUGAGGUGUUAUUUCUUCCAAAUUCCACUUUGAUACUUCAGUUUCUUUUUUUAUAUAAUUAUAUAUUACAAGAACCAUUUUUGUCAAGUCUUAGAAAUAUUUUUAAGAUACUAAUUAAAUGUUUUUAUCGUAGUCGUUUUUAUAGUCAUCUUUAGAUGUUGGGAUCAUCUUUGACAAUAUGGUUAAAUUAAGAAUAAAUUUUUAAAAGUGUGUCUCUAGUCGCGUAUUUCGUAGAUUAAUCGCUACAUAUAAUCAGUGAGGUACAAACAUUUAUAUUUAACAAAUGGAACCUAUUGAAGAUAGCGAUUUGUACUUGAUAAGAUGGUUCUUAAUAUCCCCUUUUUUAUAUAAAUAUAUAAUACACGUAAUAUAAUAUUGUAGAAAUUGACUUAUAAAAAUUAACAUGUAAGUUAUAUUCGGAUUAAAUUGGAAUUCUUUUUUGUUUAA